ACCAUCAUAUCCAUGAUUUUAUACGGUCUCGUGCUUUCGAUACAGGCUAUGUAGCAACAAACUGCCUAAUGACCGCUUGGAUCGUCUUACCAGUCGGUCUGUCUGCAUUCUCUAUUACAGGGAUAUGGAUAGUGUAUUCCAUGGCAGUGAUGAACCAUCAUGUGUGUCCUGUAGAAAACUGGACAUACAAUGUAACAUGCAGCGAGGAGACAGCCAAGAGGGGUUUCCCCAAGACCUGCUGUACAUUACAGGACAUUCCUCUCAUCAGCAAGUGUGGUUGCUACCCACCUGAGAGCUGCCUCUUCAGUAUCAUAGGCAAUGUUGGGGCCUUUAUGGUGAUGGUGUGUAUGUUGCGUUAUGCCCAGGUGAUUGAGCACAACCAUCAGUGAUGGGUUAACACAAGUGCUAUGGUGUCUGGCUGCAUCAAUGCCAUGGGCCUUAUCAUGGUGGGCAGCUUCCAGGUUGAUCAUGCUAAGAGUCUACACUAUGUCGGGGCUGGUGUGGCGUUUCCGGCAGGUCUGUUGUUUCUGUUUCUGCAAUGUGUGCUGACGUACCGCAUUGCUGAGAUGGCACUGGACUACUGGAUGGCCCAUGUGCGCGUGGCUCUAUCACCUGGAGCACUGGUCUCCCUCAUUCUCAGUGGACUUUUUUUCAUUCAUGAGAGCUUUGUGUUGCAACAUGCUGCUGCUAUCUGUGAGUGGGUCUUCACUCUCCUGGUUCUGAUCUUCUACGGAACCUUCAACAAUGACACCAUGAUUGCUGGUCUCAUCAGGCGCAUUCCACACAACCACUCAUGUUCCAGCAUCAUCACGGGGGGCAUCGAGAAAGGUGUUGUCAUAGAUUUUGGUACCCUUUGCCUGAAGUCACCUGGAGGUAGCAUCACCUCCACACACUUUAACUGCCCUGUGGAAAGUGUUGCUAUAUAAUAAUAAAUGACCAGCAGGUUAGAUUUCAGGUUGUCCUCAGAGUGGGUCUAGAUGAAAAUUUUAAAAAUGUUUUUUUAAUGAUGUAUUUUACAUUAGGUACAUAGGUGUAGCAAACUGAUUACUCUUACAACAGAAAGGAAUUCUACACAUGAAAUGUAUGCAAGACCCAGCUCAGUAACCAGCAGGUUUAAGUGGUACUCAACCCUAAAAUUGUACUGGGAUUGGCAAGAUCAUCAAAAAUGUGUUUGAUGAGCAAAUCACUUCAUUCCUCUGAUUUUCCACUGUGGUUUCAAGGGACAUGUCAGUAGUUCUGAAUCUGAUCAAGAUCAGGUUGCGUGAAUGUGCUUAGUCCUAAAUGUCAUCUUUAUUCACAUUUGUAAGUUUGAUCUUCAAUUCUUUUUGAUGAGAGAAGCUCUGGAAAUGAGGGAAUAUUUUAGUCAAUUUAAUAUGUUCAUCUAGAGGUCUCUCAAUUAUUAUUCUCCUUCACUGCAUUUUAAAGAUUUGCAUAUUGUAUUAGCCUUUAUUAUAGAGCCAAUAACUUAAACAUUAAACCAGCCCUGAUUAAAGUUAAGUUCAAUUUAGAUUGUCUAAUUUAUAUUGUAUAUGUCUUCAAAGUGCAAAACCAAAUGCAGCCAUGCAGUAAAUGCUUGGUUUAAUUUUGUACACCAAAAUCCUAAAUUUCCAGAAAUUUCACUUGGAUUCAGAACAUAUUGAGGUGUUUCUGUAUGAAUGUAGCCUAAUAUGUUGCUAUGUUUUUAGGUCAGUGAACUGAGUCUGUGUUUUAUAAGAGUUUGGAUAUGCGCAGUCAUUUAAGCACUUUGUGGUACAGUUUAAGUUUACACUUUAAAGUUAAGUUUAUUUGGCGGUAGUCUGUCUUUUGUAUUUACUUGAUGAAGACCAUAAAGGAGUGUUAGUGGUAAUUUACAGAACAAAACUA